GCGCAAGGCGGAGGCGGCCAGCUAGUGGACCGACGCUACUGGAGCCGGAGCGCUAGCCGGGUAGAGGCCGCAGCCAGGGGCGGCGGGAGCAGGGCGGGCCGGCUCCAUGGCGCCAGCGGCGCCUGUUUGAGCAGCGCAGGCAGCGGCAGGCGGCGGCCGGAUUGGGCCGCGCGGCUCCUCCUCAUCAUGGGGGACGUGCUGUCCACGCACCUGGACGACGCCCGGCGUCAGCACAUCGCAGAGAAGACCGGGAAGAUCCUGACGGAGUUCCUCCGAUUCUAUGAAGACCAGUAUGGCGUGGCCCUCUUCAACAGCAUGCGACAUGAGAUUGAGGGCACUGGGUUGCCGCAGGCCCAGCUGCUCUGGCGCAAGGUGCCCCUGGAGGAGCGCAUCAUCUUCUCGGGGAACCUCUUCCAGUACCAGGAGGACAACAAGAAGUGGAGGAACCGCUUCAGUCUCGUGCCGCACAACUACGGGCUGGUGCUCUACGAGAACAAAGUGGCUUAUGAGCGGCAGAUCCCACCCCGAGCUGUCAUCAACAGUGCGGGCUACAAAAUCCUCACCUCCUUGGACCAGUACCUGGAACUCGUUGGCAACUCUUUACCAGGGACCACACCGAAAUCGGGCUCUGCCCCCAUCCUCAAGUGCCCCACGCAGUUCCCGCUCAUCCUCUGGCAUCCUUCGGCACGUCACUACUACUUCUGCAUGAUGACGGAAGCCGAGCAGGACAAGUGGCAGGCCGUCCUGCAGGACUGUGUCCGACACUGCAACAAUGGGAUUCCCGAAGACUCUAAGGUGGAGGGCCCUGCAUUCACGGACGCCAUCCGCAUGUACCGCCAGUCCAAGGAGCUGUACGGCACCUGGGAGAUGCUGUGUGGGAACGAGGUUCAGAUCUUGAGUAACCUGGUGAUGGAGGAGCUGGGCCCUGAGCUGAAGGCAGAGCUGGUCCCCCGGCUGAAGGGGAAACCGCAGGAGCGACAGCGGCAGUGGAUCCAGAUCUCAGAUGCUGUGUACCGCAUGGUGUACGAACAGGCCAAGGCACGCUUUGAGGCCGUGCUGUCCAAGCUGCAGCUGGCCCGGCCGGCCAUGGAGGCGGUCAUCCGCACCGACAUGGACCAGAUCAUCACCUCCAAGGAGCACCUGGCCAGCAAGAUCCGAGCCUCCAUCCUCCCCAAGGCGGAGGUUUGUGUCCGGAACCACGUCCAGCCCUACAUCCCGUCCAUCCUGGAGGCCCUCAUGGUUCCCACCAGCCAGGGCUUCACAGAAGUGCGGGAUGUCUUCUUCAAGGAAGUCACCGACAUGAACCUGAACGUCAUCAACGAGGGUGGCAUCGACAAGCUGGGUGAGUACAUGGAGAAGCUGUCCCAGCUGGCGUACCACCCCCUCAAGAUGCACAGCUGCUACGAGAAGAUGGAGCCGCUGCGGCUCGACGGGCUGCAGCAGCGUUUUGAUGUGUCCAGCAUGUCUGUGUUCAAGCAGCGAGCCCAGAUCCACAUGCGUGAGCAAAUGGACAAUGCCGUGUACACCUUCGAGACCCUCCUGCACCAGGAGCUGGGGAAGGGGCCCACCAAGGAGGAGCUGUGCAAGUCCAUCCAGCGCAUCCUGGAGCGGGUGCUGAAGAAAUACGACUACGACAGCAGCACCGUGCGGAAGCGCUUCUUCCGGGAGGCGCUGCUGCAGAUCACCAUCCCGUUCCUGCUCAGGAAGCUGGCGCCCACCUGCAAGUCGGAGCUGUCCCGGUUCCAGGAGCUGAUCUUCGAGGACUUUGCCAGGUUCAUCCUGGUGGAGAACACGUAUGAGGAGGUGGUGCUGCAGACGGUCAUGAAGGACAUCCUCCAGGCCGUGAAGGAGGCCGCCGUGCAGAGGAAACACAACCUGUACCGGGACAGCGUGGUCAUGCACAACAGCGACCCCAACCUGCACCUGCUGGCUGAGGGCGCGCCCAUCGACUGGGGCGAGGAGUAUGGGGACAGCGGCGCCGGCGGCGGGGACCCCGGCGUCCAGGAAGCAGCCCCCCUCUCGGAAAAGCGCCGGCGUGCCAAGCAGGUGGUGUCCGUGGUCCAGGAUGAGGACGUGGGGCUGCCCUUCGAGGCUGCCCCUGAGCCGCCAUCACCCUCGUCCCCGGACAGCGUCACCGAGCUCCGCGGCCUGCUGACCAGGGAUCUGCGGGCCGAGAGCCCCCCGCUGGCUGGCCCCCUGCUCAACGGGGCCCCCGUGCAGGAGAGCCCCCAGCCCGGGCUGGCCCCCGAGGCCACUUCGCCGCCUGCCUCACCCCUUCGGCAGCUCCCGUCCGAAAAGCUCGUGGGCCUUGAGCCUCCCAAGCCCAGCGACCAGGAGACCGGCGAGCAGGUGUCCAGCCCGGGCAGCCGCCCCCCCAUCCACACCACCACCGAGGACAGUGCAGGGGUGCAGACCGAGUUCUAGGCCGGUCGCCCCCGGAGCCUCUGUUGGACACAGCACAUGGGCCACUCCCUCCAGGGCCCUGGCUCAGCUCUGGGUGGGGAGCACAGGAUCUGUGCCUUCCGGGCGGGGCGGGGCGGGGCCAGGGCUGGUGUGGCACCAGGGGGGCUGGACGGGGAUGGGCCCACUUGAGUCACUUUAUGGGUUUGGUCACACUUGGUUGCUCUGUUUUCUCUUCUGUGGGAUGAUCGUGGCUUUCCUGCUCCUGGUGGGAGAGGGACCAGGCACAGUGGAUGGGGGCUGGGAGCACUCGGUGGCCCUGGCUCCCUGAGUCCGCCCUCCCUGCCUGCCUGCCUGCGUGCCUGCCUCUCUCUGUGGCCUGUUCCCCUGGUGGGUCUUGCCAUCCGCGGAAGGAGGGCGGCGAGAGCCGCAUCCACUGCCUGGCUUCUCCCGUCACCGAGGGGGCCUGUUAGAACCAGGAGGCCCGAGCGCCGAGGCCCGUCUCUGGGCCCCUGAGGCCAGUUUUGGAGUGGACUCAGGCCUGGCUCUCGCACCCCAGGUGAAGGGACGUGCAAGGAGGGGGUCUUGAGGCUGGGGGGUGCUGGGGGGUUGCUGGGGGAGGGCUGCCUCUCGAGGUGGGGUGGGAACAGGAAAGGCCUGGAACGUGCUGGUCUGGGGCGAGGACGUGUCUGAGGGAAGGAGGGGGUGACCUCUGCAGAGCUACUGCUGGCAGGGUGGGCGGGGUGCACUUGGGGGGGAUGCUGGAAGCUGAGACUCUGCUCACCUCCACUUGCUGGGGUCUGGUCUCUAGGAGUUCCACUGUCCGGCUGGGCUGGGGGUGGGGACACUGCUCAGUGGCAGGGCUGGGCGGGUGUGGACGCUGUCUUCUCCGUGGGCUGCUUCCAAGGUACACGCUGUCCCCCGAGGGAACUGGCGGGGCUUGGGAGGGGCCGUGGGAGGGGCCGUGGUGCCCCAGGACACCAGGACAUUUGGGGCAGGUUGGGGCUCUAACGCACCCGCCCUGACAACUCCAGGGCUGUUCAUAUGGCCCUGCUGUUCCCCCGUCUUCAGCUCCUUGUUCCUGAGAGUGAGCGUUAAGUUGAGGUCAUCCCCAGGGGCUGGGGCCACCUGGUUUUCCCAGGCCCUCUCUUCUGCUGCUUUGAAGGGAGGGCAGGCAGGGCAGAAAUCUACUCCUUCGGGGUCCUCACCGCCACCCCCCCCCAGCCCUGCAUCUCCCAUCCCCUGGAUGUGCUUCCUGGGCCAGGGCCUGGGACCCACAGGGCGUGCGGCACUGGCUGGUGCUCAGGGACCCCCUUCGAGUCCCCCCCAGCCCCACUCUCAACGCCAAACUAACCUCUUCCACCAAUACAUUCCGUCUGAAGACGCUCUCCUCUGGUGCCUUCUCUUGGGACUUUCCAAUCAUCCUUCCCAGAUAUUGUAUUGAAAAUAUUAUGCAAACUGUUUAAGCUUCUACUAAUCAAUAAAGUGCUUUAUUUAAA